AUGGCAAAGGAGUACCAGGUUCCAUUCAAAUUGGACGACCCAAGUCUGCUCCAGUUCGAGUCCUUCGUGAAUAACGAAUGGGUGGCUGCUAAGGAUGGAGGCAGAUUCGAAGUGCUAGAUCCGGGCAGUGGAAAGCCGUGGGCGAGCUGCCCAACAAACACUACAAAAGAUGUCCCGGCUACUGUAGAAGCCGCCCAUGCUGCCUUUGAAAAGUUCAAGAAAGUCAACCCGCGUACCCGAGCCCAGCUACUCAUGAAAUGGGAUGGGCUUAUUCGUGAAGCUCGAUCGGAUCUGGCAAAGAUCUUGACUCACGAAACCGGCAAGCCAAUCGCAGAGUCGUUGUGUGAGAUCGACUAUGCCCUCGGCUUCACUUGGUGGUUUGCCGGAGAAGCAGAGAGAAUACACGGCACCAUCGCUGUUCCUGCUACACCGAAUCGAAGAGUCUUCACCGUCAAGCAGCCAAUUGGCGUUGUGGCAGCGUUGGUCCCAUGGAACUUCCCUAUUGCAAUGAUCCUUCGAAAGGCCGGAGCCGCUUUCGCUGCUGGAUGCACCAUGAUUGUCAAACCUAGCCCAGAGACACCUAUCACAACCUUAGCGCUUGCACUUCUCGCGCAGAGGGCAGGUUACGAGCCUGGUGUCUUCAAUGUGCUUACCACCGACCUUGAAAAUACCCCUUCUCUCAGCGAGGCUCUCUGUAAACAUCCACAUGUUAAGAAGGUUACUUUCACAGGAUCCACACGCGUAGGCAAGCUGGUCGCCGCACACUGCGCAGAGGGUCUGAAGAAAGUCACCCUUGAGCUUGGUGGGAACUGUCCGUUCAUUGUCUUUGAUGAUGCCGACCUUGAGCAAGCUCUUACCCAGCUCAUGGCGCUGAAAUGGCGCCAUGCCGGACAGGCAUGUAUCACAGCGAACAGAGUCUACGUUCAGAGCGGCGUAUACGAUAAAUUUGCUCAAAUGUUCAAAGAGAGAACCUCAGCGUUGGUCGUUGGUCAUGGCGCAAAAGAAGGAACUACGAUGGGGCCAGUAACUACACCUCGAGGUCUUGACAAGGCGCUGAGCCAGGUCGAGGAUGCUAAGAAGCUGGGCGGGAAUGUCAUCUUAGGCGGUAAACCUAUGACUGGCUGUGGUGGCUACUUCUUCGAGCCAACCAUCAUCACCGACAUGAAGCCGGAGAUGCUUAUCUCCAGAGAAGAAACGUUUGCUCCCAUUGCAGCAUUGUACAAGUUUGAGACUGAAGAGGAGGCGGUGAAAUGUGCCAACGAUACAAGUAUGGGGUUGGCUAGCUAUGCAUUCACUAAGAACGUCGACCGGAUAUGGAGAAUGCUGGAGAAUCUAGAAGCUGGCAUGAUUGGGCUCAACACAGGCAAUUCAUCUGCCGCAGAAUCACCGUUUGGUGGCAUAAAGGAGUCGGGAUACGGCAAGGAGAGCGGAAAGGAUGUUGCUGUCGCUGAGUACAUGAUUACCAAGACAGGGACACUCACUAUUGAUGGUCAAUAUUAG